CAUUUUACUCUAUAGCGGUGGGAUAAAAUCGAUAAUCAGGUUACAUUAGCAUUAAACGAAGCAAAGGAUAAUGUUCGUUUUAUUUCAUCAUUACAAAAAUUUUGGGACCCACUAUACAGGUCAUCACCAGAUGAAAUUAUAAGUAGUUUACCAGGACUAAUGGUUGCAAUCCGCAAUGUUUGCAAAACAGCACAUUAUUUUAAUACUUCAGUAAAUUUGACUGGACUCAUGGUCAAAAUAUCUAAUCAGCUUACUAUUACCAGCAAAAAUUUUAUAACUGAUAAUGAGCAUCGUAGCCUAUGGGAGAUAUCUUCAUUAGAGAUUAUUGAAAAGAUUGAAAAAUGUAGAGAUGUUAUGGAUCACUUCAAAAAUAUAUAUAUAAAUACCGUAGAAGAAAUGAAAAAUAGUAAUGAGAGACCAUGGACGGUAUCUUCAGUUUACAUAUUUACAUGUUUAGAAAAAUUUCUCAAUCGCCUGGAAAAAAUAAAGUGUAUAGCAAAUACGGAAAUAAUAUAUUCAAUUUUGGAUCGCAUAUUAAUAAGUGGAAUGGAAAAAUUUAAUACAAUGAUAAAAGCUGCUCGUAUAACUAUAAGUAGUAAACUAUAUGAUCCCUUAAAUUAUCGCAUUGAAACAUUUGAUACAGAUUUUGAAAAAUUUGUUAAAGAGGUUGAAGUAGCAGAGGUUGGUAUGCAGCAAUUUGUUAAACUGCUUACAAGCGAAUGUCCAACGGCGGAAUCAAUGAUGUUAAUACUAAAACGUUUUGAAGCAUUGCAUUUAGAGUGUCUGUGCUUGGAUCGAAGAUAUUUUAAGGUUGCCGAAAUGUUAGAAAAGGAAAUGCUUUUGCUUAAAGAUGUAUAUAAUGAGGAACGAGGUAAUCCCUUUAUACCACGUAACUUACCUCCUGUUGCUGGCCGUAUUGUUUGGAUACGUUCGAUCUUCAAAAAAAUUGAUAUUCCAAUGCAAGCGCUAAAGUUACGUCAUUGUGUUCUUGCCCACAAAAAAGCACAGCGCACAGUUCGCUACUAUAACUACAUGAAUGGGAUUGUUUGCCAUUAUGAAAUGGCUUAUCAUAAAGCUUGGUUUGAUUACGUUGAGGAAGUGCGAUGUGCUCUUAAUGCUCCCAUUUUAACUAUUAAUAAAGACGAAGCUCUAUAUACCAUAAAUUUAGAUCGGUCUAUUUUGCAACUUAUAUCUGAAACCGAAUGGAUGUGGAAACUGCAUUUAGAAGCUCCAAAUAUGGCUUCAACUGUAGCAUAUUGCAAAGAUCGUAUUUUUCAUCCAUUUAAUACUUUGAAGUUAACUCUGCAGCGACUCGAUCGUUUACGAUCAUCGUUGACUCCAGUGUUUAUUAAUAUAAUGCGGUUUCGGUUGCAGGAAAUAUCUGUAAUGCUGAAGCCUUCUCUCUCUUCGGUGACAUGGAUAUCGAAAAAUUUGGAAGAUUUCGUUGAAAAAGUUUGUAUGAAAAUUCAAGAAGUGGAAAUAUUUUUUGGAUUGAUCUUAGACAUUGAGGAGCUUAGAGUUAUGCAAGAAAUAUACAAUAUAUCUGAAUUUUUAUAUAUUUACGUUCCCGAUGAACCCGUUCCAUCUUAUCAAUUUGUUGAGGAGAGUAAUAAGUUGAGAGCAAAAAUUGAACGCGUACUUGAAAAGAAGUCAAUAUGUAUGGAACGCGCAGUUAUCGACAUAAUAAAUAUGUUUAUUGACUUGCUAGACUUUGAGCAAUCGGAUUCAAAGGGACGACGUGUAUUUCAGCUACCAGCAGAAAAGCUAAAUGAUACUAAUUGGCGGACUGAGGGUUUUUUGCCAAUUGAUAAAUGGGAUUUUAUUCAGUUUCAUAAAAUAUACCGAACAAUUUAUUUAGCACCUGACGAUGUACUAAGGACCCUACAAUUUCGGAAUUAUGAGAAUAUACGGUAUGAACUUCAUCAUUUACGUAAUGACUGUAUGGAUCUGUUUUCUUACUAUAACUCUAAAAUUAUUUUGGCCUUGGUUGCUGGAUCUAAAAGAUCUUUAGAUUUUGUACGACAAAAUAUACUCAG